AGCACAAUGUCUGUGCGCACGAAUUGAACCUCACCACCCUCCACCUCUUCUUCAACCGUACUACAGCUUCUUCUAUUCUUUUUAUCAGUCAUGUGAUAUCCUUCCCUCUCCUCGAAGCUUAAACGACAAUCAUACACACACAGAUACCGUCACUCUUCAUUUCUUCCCCAUUUUGAUCUUCUCUCCCAUGGUUACUCUGCAUCUGCAAUGCCCGCCUUCUUCUUCUAUCUCCUCCGGUGGAUUGGUCAACACCCCCUGGGAAACGAUUCUCAGAGCAGCAAUGGCCACGCCGUAGACAACAACUUCAUCGAGUGCUACGCUUGCACUCAGGUCGGCGUUCCUGUCUUCCACUCCACCAGCUGCGACGGUUAUAACCAGCUCCAAUGGGAGGCCUCUGCCGGUUCUUCCUUGAUCCCCAUCCAGAACCGGACCACCCGCAGCGACCAGACGAAGGCCAGGCCCAAAUCGGGUCCGUUCGGGCGAGUUAUCGACCCGCGAAGCAAGCGCGUGCAGUCCUGGAACAGAGCAUUGCUGUUAUCGCGUGGGAUGGCGUUGGCCAUCGAUCCGUUGUUCUUCUACGCGCUGUCCAUUGGAAGGGAAGGCAGGCCGUGCCUGCACAUGGACGAGCGAUUGGCGAUGAUGGUUACGGUGCUUCGCACGUGCGUGGACGCGAUGCACUUGUUCCACGUAUGGCUGCAGUUGCGGAUGGCUUACGUGUCAAAGGAGUCGCUGGUGCUCGGGUGCGGGAAGCUCGUGUGGGAUGCACGUGCCAUAGCAGCGCAUUACCUGGGUUCCUCGAAGCGGUUCUGGUUCGACGCCUUCGUCAUCCUCCCCAUUCCUCAGGCCGUGUUUUGGUUAGUACUGCCCAAAUUAGUAAGAGAGGAGCAAAUUGAACUCAUAGUGACAAUACUGCUAUUAAUCUUCUUGUUCCAGUUUCUCCCCAAAGUCUACCACAGUAUCAUCUUGAUGAGAAGAAUGAAAAAAGUCACUGGCUACAUCUUUGGUACCAUUUGGUGGGGAUUUGGCCUCAAUCUCAUAGCUUACUUGAUUGCUUCUCAUGUUACUGGAGGGUGCUGGUAUGUCCUGGCAAUUCAACGUGUUGCAUCAUGCCUCCAGAAGCAGUGUGAAAGUAGUCCUAGUUGUAAUCUGUCUCUUUCAUGCUCAGAGGAGGUUUGUUACCAAUAUCUGUUGCAGAAAAGCACACUCGAAAGUCCAUGUGGUGCAAACUCCACAGUAGUGGUGAGAAAGACUUCAUGCUUAGAUUUUGAAGGACCUUUCAAUUACGGGAUCUACCAGUGGGCUCUUCCAGUCAUAUCCAGCAAUUCCUUGGCUGUCAAGAUUCUAUAUCCCAUAUUUUGGGGUUUGAUGACUCUCAGCACCUUUGGCAAUGUUCUUGAACCCACAAGUCACUGGCUAGAAGUAAUUUUCAGCAUAUGCAUUGUGCUCAGUGGAUUACUGCUUUUCACUUUGUUGAUUGGGAACAUCCAGGUAUCCCUACUUGCAGUAAUGGCAGAGAAGAGAAAGAUGCAGCUGAGAUGUCGUGACAUGGAGUGGUGGAUGAGGAGGAGGCAGCUUCCGUCACACUUAAGACAAAGAGUUCGCCAUUUUGAGCGUCACAGAUGGACCAUGGGAGGAGAGGACGAAAUGGAAUUGAUAAAGGACUUACCAGAAGGUCUGAGGAGGGACAUCAAGCGCUAUCUAUGCUUAGACCUCAUCAAAAAGGCACCUCUGUUUCACAACUUGGAUGAUCUUAUUCUUGAUAACAUCUGUGACAGGGUUAAACCCUUAAUCUUCUCUAAAGAUGAGAAGAUAGUCAGAGAAGGAGACCCAGUGGCAAGGAUGGUGUUCAUUGUUCGUGGACGAAUAAAACGCAUCCAAAACCUAAGCAAAGGUGUGAUAGCCACGAGUAACCUCGAAGCAGGAGGGUUUCUGGGUGAUGAGCUGCUCUCAUGGUGCCUUCGCCGGCCGUUUAUAGACCGGCUUCCGGCGUCCUCAGCAACAUUCGUAUGUGUUGAAUCGACUGAAGCGUUUGGCCUGAGUGCUGAACACCUCAAGUACAUCACUGAUCACUUCCGCUACAAAUUUGCUAAUGAAAGACUCAAGAGAACAGCCAGGUAUUACUCAUCCAAUUGGCGAACCUGGGCUGCUGUCAUUAUCCAACUUGCUUGGCAAAAUUACAGGAAAAGGAGUAGAGGUUCAAUGGUUUCUGUAAUUGAAAAUAUAGCCACUGAACGCAGGCUCUUGCAAUAUGCUGCAAUGUUCAUGUCAAUAAGGCCACAUGACCAUCUUGAAUAAGUGGCUUUAUGUUUGACGUUUGUUUCCUCCUUUUUUAACUGAAUAAAUUAUGUUAAAAUUUCACAUAAAAAAAUUAAUUAUUAUAAAAUUUA